CUUUUAACCAUCUUCAUUCCCUUUUCAUAUACCCCUGAAGACACAUUGAUCUGUGUCGUCCUUGGUCAACCCGACCUACCUCUCGACUGCGUCGACGAGCUUUGAUUCGCAACAGGCCGCCCCGUUCUAGUUGCCCGCGUCAACAAAAUUCGACGCGAUGGGUUUUAUGAGCCACCGUCGACGGGAUGUCGAGGUCCGCCCUGAGCAGAAAUGGGACUAUAUUAGCCUCAACGACUUCAAGUCUACGUCAUGUUUCACUCCAUUUGCCUACGGUUACCUGUGGUCAUCGGUUCUUCUGUCCUUGACCGUCUAUGCUGUCGAUACCUUCACCGCCGUCAAUCUGCUCGUCUUCGGAAAAUGGUCCUCGACGAUUGAACCGACCCAGCUGAUCUCUUUCAACAUAUCGAGAUGGAUCUUCUCCAUCUGUAUCAUCCUCUCCUUCAUCAACCUCAUCUACGAGCAUAUUCGAGCCAGGCGGAUCAUGAAGAGGGGCAGUGUGGCCGAAUGCUAUCUCGACAAUCUAGCCGUUCGGCUGGAAAGCAUGCGUCUGGGCAAGGGGCAGGGUUGGAGAAGAUUCCUGGUGUUCGCAGAAUUGACGAAAAGCAAGAAGGGUGCCGAGUACAUCGCCCUCUUCACCUUCUUCAACUUCCAGUCAUGGAUUCGUGUCAUUAUCUGCUCUGGGCCUCGCCAGGCAGUCAAUGCACUUACCCUCUACUCAGUUUACAAUGCCAUGCUAUUGAUCGAGGGCCAAAACUUUGAGAACUCGUUGAUGAGCUUCUUCGCGAAGCUCAAGGCACUCGCGGAAGAGGACUACCAACAGGCUCUUAUCCUGUCCGGCAUGCUCUUCACCCUUGUCAUUUGGGUCUUCUCCUUCUUGUCGCUAUUGUUGGCUGCGCUGUUCUUCGUCUUCUUCCUGUGGCACUAUAUCCCCAAGACUGAUGGAGGCCUGACGGGCUACUGCGAGCGCAAGGCCAACAAGAGGUUGAUGAAGAUUGUCUCAAUCAAGAUCAACAAGGCCAUGGCCGACGACGAGCGGAAGAGGAAGAAGGCGGAGUUCAAAGCCGCCAAGAAGAACGGCGAGAUGCGACCCAUGUCAAUGCAGGCUACCUUGCCCGAUGUUGGCGGCGACAAGCUUCCUAAUAUGCCAACUCUCCAUAGGACCGAUACUAUGGCAACCCUGCCCCUAUACACGUCUCAGCCAGGAACUCCCGCAAACUUCGCAAACUUCGAACUGAACCCUGUCGAGAAGCGCCCAUUCCCUGCUCGGACAGGCACCAUGUCCUCGGGCACGACACAGUUUUCAACCAGACAGCCUCUCAUUGGGGCAGCGGCAGAGUUUGGCAGCCGCCCCCCGUCACCUCCAGCGAGAACGGGAACAUCGGCUUCGAAUAGGAGCUUUGGUUCUGGGUCGCAGCUUAGCCGCAUGCCGACAAACGGACCUGGAUAUGGGAGUUACUCAUCCAGCCAAUCAUCGUACCCAUUCGAGACAAUGCCCUCGCUCCCUCCUCCCAUCAGGUCGCCCGUCUUGCCCAUAAACAACGCAAGAAGUUCUGCCUCGAGCUACGCGAAUAGCGUACGAAGCAGCGACCGCCCAGAAUAUGACGAAUACCCGGGCGCGCGCGCGAGCCCGGCUCCUUCCGCCAACUCAUAUCGGCCAAUGCCUCCGUCCCCCCGCGGAAUGGGACCAAACGGAUACCCCAUCCGCGCCAACACAAACCCGGUGCCUCCCCGAGGCCCCGGCCCGUAUUCUCCUCGGAGAAACAUGACUGCACCAAUGCAACCACGUCAUCAACAGACUUCUAGUAACAGUUCGUUGAGAAAUGUGGCCACGCCGUCACAGCCAUAUCAUCAACCCCCCCAAAGGGCUAAUGAUUACGACUAUUUCGACAGACCUACGACUUCCAGCAGUCAACAAGGCGGGCCGAGACCCGGAUAUGGCAAUGGGCGGAGCCAGGAUGGGUGGAACCAGGAUGGGUGGAACCAGGAUAUGGAGAGGGUACAGGGACCGCGAUACUAGACAUUAUAGACGCAGUGUGUGGCCGUUCGUUUAAGCGUCUCACGCCACGCAUCUGGGUGCCUAUCGUGGU